AUGUCGAAUUGGUCGCAUUUAGAUAUGAAUCCAUUGACAGGUCGAACAACAACAUAUGGAUUUGAAUAUACAGCUGAGAGUCAUUUUCAGCCAAGCGAUGGUCCUCUUUCAGCACAGAAUAAGUCAACAAAUAAUGGCAUGCGUGUACGAAAACUACAAGCCAUACUAGCGUUAGUCGAUUGUCGAGAACAAGACGGUGGGUUUCACGCAGUGCCCGGUUUUCAACAUUAUAUAGCUGCGUGGACAAAAAGUAAUCAUAAAGUAUGUUUGGGCUCUAAUCAAAGUUCAGAUCCAACAACUACUCAGAUUCCUUGGGAUGAUCCUAUUCGAGAACAUAUUCAAUGUAUGCCAAUAAGGAAGGGAAGUUUACUUGUCUGGGAUAGUCGCUUGCCACAUGGAAACUAUCCUAAUAGUUCAAAUCAAAUGCGAAUCAUUCAAUAUUUACAUAUGGCACCCAUUGCUGAUGAAGCAUUGCGUCCAUUUCCAUUGCUAAAAGAAGAUUUACCUGAAACAUUUCAACUGACAGAGUUAGGUGAAAAUUUGUACGGCUUUAAAUCAUGGGAAUCGGAUCUUGCACAACAUAGAUUUCAAGAGCAGAAAAAUCCAGAGAUUCUGUGUCAAGUCAACUACGAAAGAUUUGAAAGAGCCAUAAUGAAAGAUCGAUGUGAUACGGAAAAAAAUACCUCACCAGUUGUCGAACCGACAAGCUGA